AAUUUACCAUAUUUGCAGAUGGAGAACAAAUUAAAAACAGAAAAAUCAAAUAUUACUACAAUGAUGGAAUUUGUUCUCUUGGGGUUUUCUGACAUUCCCAAUAUCCAGGGGCUUCUCUUUGGGAUAUUUUUAGUCAUCUAUCUGACUAUCUUCAUGUGCAAUAGCAUCAUAAUACUGAUAAUAAAAAUUGACCCUGCUCUCCAGACCCCCAUGUAUUUCUUUCUCAGCAAUUUUUCCUUUCUAGAAAUCUGUUAUGUAACAAUCACUAUCCCAAGAAUGCUCAUGGACCUUUUGACCCAGAAAGGACAUAUUUCUUUGUUUGCUUGUGCUACACAAAUGUGUUUUGUCCUUAUGUUCGGAGGCUCUGAGUGUCUCCUGCUGACAGUGAUGGCCUAUGACCGCUACGUGGCCAUUUGUAACCCUCUGCACUAUCCUCUAGUCAUGAACCACAAAGUCUGUGUCCAGCUGGUGACUGCCUCCUGGGUCAGUGACAUUCCAGUCGUAAUUGGGCAAACGUGCCAGAUUUUUUCCCUGCCCUUUUGUGGAUCUAACACAAUCAAUCAUUUCUUCUGUGAUGUUCCCCCAGUACUCAAGCUAGCUUGUGGGGACACAUUUGUGAAUGAGAUAGCUGUCUAUGUAGUUGCAGUGGUUUUUAUCAUGGUUCCAUUUCUGUUGAUUGUUGUCUCCUAUGGCAAAAUUAUUUCCAACAUUCUGAAAUUGUCAUCAGCCAGAGGGAGGGCUAAAGCCUUCUCCACCUGUUCAUCUCACUUGAUAGUUGUAGUCUUAUUCUAUGGAACAGCUACUAUCACUUAUUUACAACCCAAACCAAAUCAAUCUGAAGGAAUCGGGAAACUGAUCUCCCUUUUCUAUACUAUUUUGAUCCCAACAUUGAAUCCCAUUAUAUAUACUCUGAGAAACAAAGAUAUCAUGGUGGCACUGAAAAAACUGCUAACUAAGUUAUUAUGA